AUGAACGAAGAACUAGUAUCUACAUUGGGAACAUAUGUAAUAGAUUGGAUUAGUGUGAUUUGUAGCAAAGUAUUUUUGAAUUCUGCGAACAAUCAAUUCUUAAAAGAUACGUUCUGGGAGAGAAAUUCACCACCAUGUGAAUAUGAUAAAAUAAUUUUUCCGAAAGUUUAUCCUGCAGCAUUAAUCUUGCCAAAGCAAUUGGAUAUAGAUAGCAUCAUUUUACCUAGGGAAGGUGUACUUAUUUUGGGAGAAUUAUCAAAUUUUGAAUCACUUGUUUCUUUCACAAACACCGAUCAAAAAGAUAUGAGCAAAAAUAAAAAUUGCAAAAAUGUUAAUAAUGCAGCCAUAUUAAAAUUUGACUCUAAUUACACUAAAUUUUGGUUUGACCCUCAAAGUUGGAAAUCAUCUGAAAAUAUUAGUAAAGCAACUCCAGAUUUAGAACGAAUUCCAUGUUCAUAUGAUACCGUUAUAUUUCCAAACAGUGGUGUCGUGUCAGUCAAUUUCGAAAACAUAAAUUCAUUAAGCGUAAAUGGAAUUGAAAUGGGAGGUGAAAAUACUACUUGGGAGAUAUUUCAACAUGAUUUAUAUUCUGAUGUAGCGCAUAUUAUGUUUCAGGAGGCACUUGACUUUACUGUUAAAUUUAAUAAAUUCUUAGAUAAAGAUGAACAUUGCAACUGUCAUGAUUUUGAUUUAUAUUUUGAUUAUGAAAAAAGGGUGUGCUCUCAUGUAAAAAAAAAAUGCGAAAUAAAUUAUCCUAAAUGCUUAGAUCCAAUUAAACCUUUUGGUUAUUGUUGCGACAUCUGUGGAUCAAUUUUGACAAUGGAUAUUGAUGAUUGCAAAUCUUUUGACUUAGAACGUUUUAAAAACUUUAUAAAAUUGGAAAUUAAAAACCAAGGACUGGACGGAUAUUUAGAUUAUCACGUUAGUAAAAUAUAUAAUGGUCGUUACUUUAUUCAGCUAAUAGUUCUAGAUAAAAAUGACUAUGAUGAGAUGAGCACAUAUUUUAUAAAACAUCUGAAUAAAACAAUUUUGCAAGAGAAUUAUUCGUUGAACAUGAAAGUAUUUUCUUUGUCUGGAAUGAAAUCUUCGUUUGUAUUUGCGCGUUUUGAUAACAAUCAAGGUGAAAUAGAAAUUCCCGAGAACUUAAACAGGCCACCUAUACAUGUUGAAGGAUUAUAUGAAACUAAUAAUAGUGAUGUUAAUUUAGAUGUUUCACGAUCUUUUGAUAAUCCAAUGUUUGAUGAAAAAUUGGAAGUUCCAAACUCUUCAAAUAUUGAAAAUAUAUCCAUGGCUUCUGACUCAACUGAGUUGACUAUGAUUUGUUUAGAUGAUAAUUAA